AUGACCACAUAUGAUGGAACAUCCGACCCGAGCCAUCAGCUCAGCAAUUUUAUGAGUCAGAUGUACCUCACAGAUGCUUCAGAUGCAACCCAAUGCAGAGCCUUCCCAACUACCCUAACCAAGACAGAAUUAAAAUGGUUUGACAGUCUGCCACCAAGGUCGGUCACAAGCUUCAAUGACCUCGCCAAAAACUUCCUCGCCAGGUUCUCCAUUCAGAAGGACAUGGCCAAACACGCGCCAAGCCUAUUAGGGAUCAAACAAGGAGAUCGAGAAAGUAUCCACAGCUACAAGGAAAGAUUCGACAAAGCAUGUCUCGACAUACAAAAUCGUCCUAUGGAAGUAACUAUCAUUGGACUCAUCAACAGCCUACGAGAAGGACCUUUUAGUCAUUCCAUAUGCAAGAAGCAUCCAACAUCUCUGAAUGAAGUGCAAGAUCAGACCGAAAAAUGCAUCAAUAUGGAGGAAAAUUCCCGAUUAGGAGAUACCUCCAAAGCUAGAUUCUCCUACCCACCUAGGGAUAAUGAUAAAGAGUCUAGGAAAAAGAAGACCAAUCCACAGAGAAGCCCAUGA